CGAAGCCGGAAGUGUGUACGAGUGAACCCUCUUACUUCCUCUUGCUACUUUUGGCCGUUUGUAAAAGCAGUAGCAUCAUACAAGGGAUAACGUAAUGAUGGAAGAAUUCGAAGACGGUGUAGCUCCCCCUGCUGAGGAUCUGGCUCAAUGCAACACCUGUAAAAGAUGGUUCUUCCCUAAAGUCCUGGAGAAACAUGCUAAAAUCUGCCAAAAGUCAGCAACCAAAAGGAGGAAGGUUUUUGACUCCAGUAGACAGAGAGCUGAGGGCACAGACAUCCCCACGCUCAAACCUAUUAAACCAAAGUCACAAAGUUCAUCUGCCACUGAGAAAGCAGAGCCCCUUAAGAAGCAAUCCAACUGGCGUAAGAAACAUGAGGACUUCAUCGCUACCAUUCGGGCUGCCAAGGCCCUCACUCAGGUCAUGAAGGAAGGGGGACCAUUACCCCCACCUCCUCCUCCUACUUAUGACCCAGACUAUGUUCAGUGCCCUUACUGUCAGCGGAGGUUUAACGAGAGUGCAGCUGAUAGACACAUCAAGUUCUGCCAGGAACAGGCUGCCCGUAUGCCCAACAAGAGCAAGUUAGUAGAUGCCAAGAAGCCUCCUGGUCGCACACAGUACAAGCCUCCUGCUCCUGUGAAGAAGGCCAACUUUCCUGCUGUGCCAACCAUCCCUUCACCCUCUUCUCGUUUACCUCAGAGAUCAAGCCUACAACCUACUGGAAUGCCUUCUGGUAAGGUUGCAGGUUCAAUGAGGAGUAAUCCCUGCAGCCUCACAAGCUCUUCAUCAGGUAUGGGUAGUAAAACACGAGCAGUGAGCUCCAGCUAUGGCUCUGCGAGGAACACUCGUUCUGGAAUAGGAGUCAACAAGAGGAAAGUAGAUACCUAUAUAUCUGGGACUGAUGUUGAUGGCGGGAAGGAAGUUGACAAUUGUGGAAUGAAGAGCAAGUUCUGUCAUGCUUGUGGGACCAAGUACCCUGUUGAAUCUGCCAAAUUCUGCUGCGAGUGUGGGGUCAGGAGGAUGUGUAUCUGAUAGCUGUCAGAAGAAGGAUAAAGGUAGAGGAAAGUAGGGAUACAGCGGUACUCAAGCUAGCAUUCAAACUUGGAUCUAGUUUCAAAGCGGUAAAUUUAAUUUUGGUCAUGUGAAGUAAUGUGGUCUGACUUGAUAUAAUAACAAAAUCCUAAUUUUAUUGUCCCUUUGACAAUAAUUAAGAGUACCCUGUAGAGCAGAGUCAGUAUCUGCAUUAGAGCGAUUGGUGCAUCCUUAGAAGAAAGUAGAGGAGAAAUGAGUAAGAGUGUAGAUAUAAGCCAAGAUGUGGGUUGUAAAAUGUGAAAAAGGAGUUAAAGGUAAAGUGUUGGAUAAAUCAUUAGAUUCCUAAUAGCUUCCUCACAAACCUAAUAAGUUACUAUUGAAGUGCAAUAUGAUUAACUACUGAGGAAAAAAUGUUUUUCUAAAGGAAAAGUUUUGGAAUUUUGGGAAGAUAUUUUACCAUGGUUUGACAGGGACCAGUACAAAAAAUAACUACCUGUUAAAGGUCAGUGCUCCUGUUACUGCCACUUUACAGGUAAAGUUUGUUUCCUCCUGUCUUAAUGUUACCAUCAUGGGCCUGAUGUUUCUAGACAAAUUUAGCAUUCACACGAUCCCUUUUAUUCCCUCUUAUUUUAUACUAUGAAAUGAGUUAUUUAUCUUCUUGUUCCAUUUAAUUUUCACUGAAUGAACAAUGACUACAUCUUUUGUUAAUGUUUUACAAAAUUAAAAUGUGUUUUUAUUUGAAUUUGUAUGAAGCUUAAAUGCAUCUGGAUAUGUUGCAGUUGUUUUUCUUUUCUUGAAAGUGUCUCUAUUGAGUCCGUAUUCUGUGGAUUUACGUUUUUAGGAUCAAAAGUACGGUAACACUACAACCAUUUUAAAUGCUCUACAUGUGCAGUU